CUCCUUAUUACCCUCAUCCUCACCCUCACCCUCACGCUCCCAAUCCCUCUUCUUCCCCUUCUUUUUUUCUCUUUCUUUCUUUCGGGUUCGGUGGAAACCCAGCCUUGCUGGGUUCAUCAACCAGCCAAGGCUAGGUUCAUCGGAACCUAGCAGAUCUGGGUUUCGACGAACCCAGCCUUGCUGGGUUCGGUUGAAACCCAGCCUUGCUGGGUUCGUGACCAGCCAAGGCUAGGUUCGCCGAAACCCAACAAGGUUGGGUUUCAACCAAACCCAGCUUUGCUGGGAAAGCUUGGUUCUUGUUUUUUCGUUCUUCUUUCGAUUUCCAUUUCCAGUUGUUAAUAUAUUUGGAGAUUGAUUUAUAAUUUGAUUGCAUUUUUUUUGGAAUUUGAUUAAAGUUUGAUUGUAUUUUUGUUGAAAUUCGAUUAGAGUUUGAUUGGUAUUGUUUAUUGAAAGAUUAUUUUGAUUUGGUAAGAUAUGUCAGGUUUGAGGUUUCAAUGAAACCCAGUAGCUCAAGUUUUCUCGAGAAAAGAGAAGAAGAAGAAAUGGGUGGGUUAAGAUUGGUUUUGUAGAUGGAGUGGAGAUGAGAGAGCAUUCACGGAAGAAGAAGAAAUGGAUUAAGAUCGAUUUUGCAAAUGGAGUGGAGAUGAGAGAGCAUUCAAAGAAUAAGAAGAAAUGGGUUAAGAUCGAUUUUGCAGAUUUUGCAAAAGGUGAAGACGAGAGACCAGUUUGCAGGCAAUUGGAAUCCAUUGGAGGUGUUUGGCGUGAAGAAGAUGACAUAAGAAUAGCUGGGAGAGUCUCGUACAUAAAAGUCAUACUAAACGAAAUCUCCCUCACCGCCGAUAGCUUCUGCAGACGACCAAAAGCCACCGCCAUGGAGAUUGUCGGAAAUCUUACUUCAGACCAACUCCACUUCUUUAAUUCCCAAGGCUAUCUUGUGAUCGAACCUUUCGCCAGCCCUGAAGAGAUUGACGCUCUGCGGAAGAGAAUGGAGCAACUGCUUCAAGGCUUUGACCCCUCUUCCACCGCCUCAAUUUUCUCCACCAAAAACCAGCUAAAGCUGACCAAUGAAUACUUUUACGAAAGUGCUGAAAAGAUUUCAUUUUUCUUCGAAGAAAAAGCGUUUGGAGAUGAUGGGAAAUUGAAGCAAUCAAAGGAACUCUCUAUCAAUAAAGUUGGGCAUGCAUUACAUGAACUUGACCCAGUUUUCAAAGAAUUCACUUGCUCUGAAAAAUUUUCAAGUUUGCUGUUCUCCUUUGGUUAUAAGAGGCCAGCGAUCAUGCAGUCCAUGUAUAUCUUUAAGCAACCAGGUAUUGGGGGUGAAGUAUUGCCACACCAGGAUAACUCAUUUCUUUUUACUGACCCACCAACUUGCAAGGGCCUUUGGUUGGCUUUAGAAGAUGCAACAAUCACUAAUGGUUGCCUAUGGGCCAUUCCUGGUUCCCAUAAACAUGGGCUUGUUAGAAGGUUCAUUAGGGGUGAACAGGGAGUCUCCUUUGAUCGUCCUUCUCCAUCCUAUGACCAGAAAGAUUUUGUGCCUAUUGAAAUGAAAGCUGGGUCUUUGAUUGUAAUUCACGGUGAUCUUAUUCAUCAAAGUUUUGAAAAUCAUUCCCCAAAAUCAAGGCAUGCCUAUAGCUUGCAUGUUGUGGAUACUGAUGGCUGCAAGUGGCUGGAAGACAAUUGUGCUAAUGAGGAACCAUUCUAUCCUUCUCUGGAUCAGAAGAAAAUUAGAGCCAGAGCCUUUGUAUGUGACUUGAUCAAGCCUGAUGUUAAAUCUGGUACCUGCAGCAGUCUACUGUAGUAUUGUGGGUAUCUCAACUGUCAAGCAAAUUCAUUGAUACUCAGUCGCAGCUUUUAUGGUCAAAUGUGUACGAUAGGAUUUGUGCCAUAGAUUAAUAAUAGAAUAAGUGGAAUGGUUGAGCAUGAUAGUUCCUUUAUUUCCGUUAUUCCAUCGUCUUGUUGAUUAACGAUCAUUUGUGUGGUUUGUUUUGCAUAAUGCAACAUUCACGUCCUUGUCCAUUAUGAUUUCAAAUGAAUGCAUGCUACUUUU